CUCAAAACUGGGCUUUUAGCUAUGUGAAUUUUUUUUUAAGAAGAUGAUUUUUGUGUAAUUUGAUGGGCACAAACCGGUUAUACGUAGACGACCAAACCAGUUUAAUUAUAAUUGAGUCGGCAUUAGGCCUAUGUAAACCAACUUGAUUUCGACAAAGCUUUGAUAUUGCUUGCUUUGCAAGCUUUACGCUAGACGGAGAAUCUAAAAUUCACUAGAAAGAGGAUAUCAAGUCAAUUAAUCUUCUCUUCUUAUUUUUUACUUUUUAGGUCAAGAAAACCACAUCAAUCUAUAGAUAAUCGUUUCAGAUAAUUCUCUGGUUUCCUGUUUUCUAUAAGACGGCAAAAAGGAAACUGAGAAAUAAGAAUUGGCAAAGACAAGAAAAAUGGAAAAGUUGAUUUCAAUUGUGAAAAGGAAACUAUGACGCAUGUGUUUGGCUAUAAAAGGAAGACGUCCCCCAACACAAUCAAAGAGCAAUAAAGACAGAAAGAGAGAAGAGAGCACAGCAAGUUCAUAUCUAAGCUCAGCAGUCAGCUCUUUACACUUUAGGUUUUUAAAUCAUGCCGAAGAACAAAGGAAAAGGAGGAAAGAACAUUAAGAGAGGUAAAAAAGAAGCAGACGACGAUAAACGAGAGAUCAUCUUCAAAGAAGACGGCCAAGAAUACGCUAUAGUUCUCCGCAUGUGUGGCAACGGACGGUGCGAAGCCAAGUGCAUAGAUGGAAUCACAAGGAUGUGUCACAUCAGAGGUAAGAUGCACAAGAAGGUUUGGAUUAGCGCUGGUGACGUUAUUCUUGUCGGACUAAGGAUGGAUAUGGACAACGACACCAAAGCUGACAUCAUCCAUAAGUAUACUCCUGACGAAGCUCGUUUUCUCAAGAGUUGUGAUGAGCUUCCUCGUGACCUUCGUCUUAACGAAGGGGUUGCUGAUGUGUUUGAUGUGGAGGAUGACGUUGUUUGUGGUCAGGACUAUUUUGAGUUUGGUGAUGAUGAGAUUGAUAGGCUCUAAACUAAGCUUUACAUGUAUUUUUUAAUUAUUUUUUACUUUAUUCUUCUUUCUAAGUCUCUCAAACUUGAUUGAUGUCUUCUCUCAGAUUUUUAGUCGGUUAAUAAAAUAUUUUCAUUCUAUGAUUGAAUAGUUUCUAACUGUUUUAGCUAUUGGUUGAAUGGCUACACAAGCGGGUGAAUCUGAGUUUGGUAGAUUUCGAAUUUGAAGUGUUUAUCACUUUUCCAAAUUCGCCAUACCAUUCGACCACGCUUGUGUGGUUAAUAGAACGUCAACAAAAAAAAAGUGUGGAUAAUAGAAUUCACUUUUACGGUUAAAAAAAAUCAAUAAUAAUAGGGAGGAGACUUUUUUCCCUUUUUGUGGAGACUUUUAUUUUUACUUUUUGAACACAAAGUGAAGAGACUAUUUUUCUUGUUACCGUUUACCAAACAAAUGGGUCAGAGAAAGAUCAAGAUGGAGAAGGUUCAGGACAUGAACACAAGACAAGUCACCUUUCCAAAACGUAGGAUGGUUUGUUCAAGAAGGCUAGCGAGUGCCACCCUCUGCAACCCCGAGUUAGGCAUUGUUGUCUUUUCACCGGGAGGCAAGCCAUUCUCCUACGGGAAACCGAAUCUUGAUGCUGUUACAGAGCGGUUCUAUUAAUGUCUUCGGAUUAACUCUGGUGGCAAAGCUUCAAGGGGAGAAGUAUAUAACAAGAUCUGGCAACAACUAUACUUUUAUUCCAAGGCCUGGUGGUCUUAAAAACAAUCCUCCAUCAGGAAAUGUAAAAUCAUGGAGCUCGAGGUAAAACCACAUUUGCUGGAACUGAUCUUUGUAAGAAAAACUCUGUCCGGAGGGAGCAUAUCGAGAGUUAGGUAGCAGAAGCUGCAAUGGAGCUUUACUUCAUGAGGAAUCAAAACGAUCUUUCAAGGUUGGGGAGAUAGAUGCUCCUGCCGAUAAUGAGUUACGUAAUCAUAAAAGAUAAACAUUUAAAUAAAGAAACAAAAAGUUUUUUUCAUAAGCAAGAAGUAACAAAAACACCAAAAAUCCAAAGAAAGUCGAGUUUAGUUUCAUUGAUUCGCCUAAAUAAACAAAAAUAUCCGACAAAAAAAAA